AUGUGGGCAGACCCUCUGACCUGCGCCACCAUACCGUCUUCCGGUCUACCAGCAGACCGACGAGUGUCCGCAUACUGUUUUGCACCACCCUGCGUCACAUCCCCGCAACUGUCAAAACUCUGCUCGUCGCUCGUUGUCUCUUUCGUCUUCGGACAGGAUCUAGUCGCGCGGUUGUCCCUUGGCUCUGUUCGAGAUCUCGUACGCUGCGCUUGGUGGCUCUCCUAUGGGACAAACGAUCCGUCCGAGAGCUGCGCUAGCAUCAUGACGAGAAUUGCCUCUUUCCAGUCCGGCGGCGGCACACGAGAAGAAAGAGAGGAUAUUUCGCAACAAUUUAUCGCACUGCGCAAGACGCUGGAGGCAAACAUGCACAUGGCAGACCUUUUCCCAACGGGCAGAGUGUUGCUCGCUUUACGGAAGGGCGAUCUCCCAUCUGAUUACCAGGCGGAAACGCACGUGGAAGACCUACAAGUGUUUGAAGUGAAUGACGUCGAAGUUGUCUUCGGCCAGAUUACUUUUGCAAGAGACAUGCUGAGCUGCCAUCUGCCCCAUCAUUACGAUCAUAUAUUACACGAAUUCUUGUGA